GCACAACAAUUUACAAAAAUGAAAUUAAACUUUUAUGUGAAUUUAAACAGUAUGUAUUUCGUAAAAGUAAAAAGAAAAAACAAGUAUCUAUUUCCAAAGAAAUUGAAACAGAUGUAAAUGCUCAUUUAGAAAAAAUCAAAGAAUAUUA